AGGACCUAUGCCUAAAUGACUGAAGUUUUUGCUCCGUUAUAGUACUGAAAGACCGUACUCAUUGAUCCAAGAACAGUGAAAACUUGAGAGUUGCUUUACCCAGUUUGAAGCGUGCAGUAACAAUUAUUCUCCUUUCACAGUCUGAGUUUUAUAGAGAUUUAUGCGUAUAGCGGAAAAAAAGCUAUAGUUUCAGAUUUUAUUGUGUUAUGCUGUUUGCUGUGUAGAAUGGAACUUCCAGAAAAAAUGAAAUCAGCUAAAUGAUGAGAAAAAAUAUAUGGAGGACUGUUAUGGAACUUUCUCAAAGUUGACACGCAAGGACCUUCUUUGCAAUGCUACCUGGUAAUUCCUGAAUCCACUGUUGGACUUUUUCUUCUUUUGUGAAAAGAAUAGAAAACGUAAGGAAUACUUUAAAGAAGAUAACGAAGAAAACGAUUCAAGUUUUACCUGCGCCGAAAAAACGUCAUACACAUCUAUUGCACUGCCAAUAUGAAUAUUGCGCUUUACUGUUUGUAAUUUUAAUCAAAGUUGAUGCAUUAUAAGCAAAGACGCUGCCCUGGAAAGGUGGACUGGGAUUUUAACCAUGGCGUUUUCAGGUAGGAGUUUAAACAGACUUUGCUUGGUUAUUUUAAUAUUGUGGACUUUUUGGAGGGAUGCCGCAUCCAGUCAAGUUCGUCAGGAGUUUCAGGUACUGGAAGAGCAGCCCAUUGGCACCUAUGUGGGUACUAUACAAACUAAACCGAGUUUCACUUAUCGAUUUAGCGAACACCACGAACUGUUUGCAAUUAACGGUACCACGGGUGUCAUUUACACCACAUCAGUGAUUGACAGAGAAAUGUUACGAAGCAACGCAAUUAAUAUAGUGGUCUUGUCUAGUCAACCCACUUAUCCUACCGAAGUCAGGAUUGUUGUACUGGAUAUAAACGACAACUCUCCAGUGUUUCCUGAUCCGUCGAUUGUUGUAUCUUUCAAGGAAGAUGCCAGCAGUGGCAGGCAGGUGAUACUCGACACCGCUACUGAUGCCGACAUUGGAAGUAACGGAGUAGAUCAUACAACCUACAGAAUAGUUGAUGGUAAUGAAAAAGGGAAAUUUCGUUUGGAUAUUACAGUCAAUCCAAGUGGAGAAGGGGCAUUCUUGCAUUUGGUUUCAACUGGAGGCUUAGACAGGGAAUCCACACCCUUUUACCAACUCUUGGUUGAAGUUGAGGACAAAGGCGAACCUAAACGAUUUGGUUACCUGCAAGUAAAUGUAACGAUACAAGAUAUUAAUGACAACCCGCCCACCUUUGACGAAAAUCAUUAUCAAACGAGCGUUUUUGAAAAUGCUGCAAUUGGUUCAAGUGUUUUGCAAAUAACCGCUAAAGACCUGGACGAGGGGGCAAACGGAGAUAUCAGAUAUUUUCUGGAUGAGGGAACACCUUUCCAAAUUGACCCUAAAGCAGGCACCAUUACAAUAAAAGAACCGCUGGAUUAUGAAAGCAAAAAGGAGUACUCCUUAACAAUUCAUGCAGUUGACAAUGGAGUACCUUCCCUUUCAGGUAGGUCAGAGGCAACCAUUAAACUUCUGGAUGUUAAUGAUAAUGAUCCAGUGGUAAAAUUCAGAUAUUUUCCUACUAGUUCCAAGUUUGCUUCUGUUGAUGAAAAUGCUCAGAUUGGCACAGUAGUCGCUUUAUUGACUGUCUCAGACGCAGAUUCACCUUCAGCCAAUGGGAAUAUUUCAGUUUCAAUUUUAGGUGGAAACGAACAAAGACACUUUGAGGUUCACAGUUCCCUAGUUCCACAUCUGAGCUUAAUCAAAGUAGCUAGUGUUUUGGACAGGGAGCGCAUUUCUUCCUAUAACCUCACCGUCUCUGUAUCUGACAAUGGCAGACCUGUGGCCAGGUCCUCUUUUGCUAGCUUGGUGAUUUAUGUGAAUGAUAUUAACGAUCACCCCCCCAUUUUCCAGGAGAGUUUGUACAGAGUUGACAUCAGUGAAGACAUACCAAAAGGCAGCUACAUUAAAGGGGUUUCAGCAACAGAUGGUGACUCUGGGCAAAAUGCCAACCUGCGGUACUCGAUAGUGUCUGGAAACAGUUUAGGUUGGUUUGCCAUCAGUGAAAAUAGUGGUUUGGUGACCAGUUCUGCUCUGCUAGACAGGGAAAUUGCAUCUGCAGUUGUCCUGAACAUUAGUGCCAAAGAUCAAGGGGUUCAGCCCAAGAUUUCAUAUGCAAAAUUGAUAGUGAACAUUACUGAUGUUAAUGAUCAGGUUCCUAGCUUUACACAGAGUUCUUAUCAUGUCUCUAUAGUAGAGCAUUCUCCAGCAGGCACUGAGCUAUUAGUGCUGUCAGCUACUGAUGAGGAUCUAGGAGCGAAUGGAACCAUACACUUCUUGUUUGAUGCUGAAACUCCACCCCAUAUCCAGGAUUUGUUUCGUCUGGAUACAGUUUCUGGAAGAUUAAGCACAGCUACAGAGUUAGACAGGGAAGAGAAAGAAAAAUACCUGUUAUUCAUCCAGGCAAUAGACUCGGGCAGUCCUCCACUUCAUUCAGUAACUAAAGUAAACAUAACACUGAAAGAUAUAAAUGAUAAUAGCCCUGUUUUCUACCCAGUCCAAUAUUUUGCUAACAUUAAGGAAAAUGAACCACCUGCCUCUUAUGUCACCACUGUGUCAGCUACAGAUCCUGAUUUGAGAAACAAUGGAACAGUGAGAUAUAUUAUCACAGCAGGAGACACUUUUAAAUUUCACAUAAAUAGUAAUACUGGUGUAAUCUCUACACUGGUUUCCCUAGACAGGGAGGAAAAGACAACAUACCAGCUCCAGGUGACAGCAGCUGAUGGUGGGAACCUUCGCUCUCACACUCAGGCGAUUGUCACAAUCACUGUUAUAGAUACUCAAGACAACCCCCCUUCUUUUAGCCAGAGUGUCUACAGUUUUGUUAUUUUUGAAAAUGUCAAAAUAGGCUCCAUUAUCGGCACUGUGUCUGCUUCCACACUUGACCUGAACACCAACAUUACCUAUUUAAUCGCAUCUGGAGACCAAAGAGGGCUCUUUGUUAUUAACAGUGCCACGGGUCAAAUCACUGCAUCUAGUCUGAUAGAUAGAGAAGAGCAAGCAUUUUAUCAGCUUAAAGUAAUUGCAAGAGGGGGAGAAGUGACAGGGGAUGCUCUUGUUAAUAUUACUGUAAAGGAUUUAAAUGACAAUGCACCCCGUUUCCCUCUCUCUGUCGAACACAUAAAUGCUGUUGAAAACUGGGGAACAGGGCAUCAUAUAUUUCAAGCCAAGGCAGUGGAUCCUGAUGAAGGCACAAAUGGCAUGGUGCUAUAUAGCCUGAGACAAAACCCAAAAGGCUUUUUUCAUAUCAAUGAAAAGCAUGGACUUAUUACUUUAACUGGGCCCCUGGAAAUAACAACAAGCACAUAUCAAAUAGAGGUCUUGGCAUCUGAUAUGGGGGUUCCUCAGCGCACGGCCAGCUUAAUUUUAACGGUUAGUGUGUAUGAUGUCAAUGAUAACGCACCUGUGUUUGAUCAGCUUUCAUAUGAAGUCACUAUUUCUGAGUCUGAGCCUGUAAACAGUAGAUUUUUUAAAGUAGAAGCUACUGACAAAGACUCAGGUUUAAAUGGGGAAAUAUUUUAUGACAUAAUUGGAGGAAAUAUUAGAGAUGCCUUUGGCAUUUUUCCUGAUGGGCAGCUGUACAUCAAAGCAGAAUUAGACAGAGAAGUACAAGACAGAUAUCACUUGGUAGUGGUUGCAACAGAUAGGGCUGUGGAGCCCCUAAGUGCUACAGUUAAUGUAACUGUGAUUUUGGAAGAUGUGAAUGACAAUCGACCACUAUUUAACAGUACAAAUUAUGUAUUUUACUUUGAAGAAGAGCAGAAGAGAGGGUCUUUUGUUGGCCAGGUAUUUGCUGAAGAUAAAGAUUUUGGGCCAAACAGUGAAGUUAGGUAUGUCUUUGAAAUACCUCAGCCAAAUUUUGAGUUAAACACUAUAACUGGGGAGCUAACAAGCACACAGCAGUUUGACAGGGAACUGUUAAUGAGGCAGAGAGGUGCUGCAAUGUUCAGCUUUACAGUCAUAUCUUCAGAUCAAGGAUUGCCCAAGCCGCUGAAAGACCAGGCUAAAGUUCAGGUUUAUAUCAGAGAUAUUAAUGAUAACACACCCAAAUUUACCAAAGACAUUUACCAAGCAUCUAUUUCUGAGUCCGCCCAAAAUAUGACACAGGUGCUUAGAGUGUCUGCCUCAGAUGUGGAUGAAAGUGAAAAUGGGCUUAUACACUAUCAUAUUAAGGGGGGGAAUGAAGAAAAAAAGUUUGCAAUUGACAGCAGCUCAGGUCAAGUUACACUAGUAGGUAAACUGGAUUAUGAAGCCACAGCGUCUUACUCCCUAAAAAUAUUAGCUGUGGAUUCUGGAAAUGUGCCACUUUCUUCAUCUUGUAUGCUGAGCAUCAAUGUCCUGGAUGAAAAUGACAACUCUCCUUCAUUCCCCAAGUCUGUUUUGACUGUCGAUGUUCUGGAGAAUAUGAGAAUAGGAGAGUUAGUGGUAUCUGUAACUGCCACGGAUUCUGAUUCAGGAGACAACGCUGAAAUAACUUACAGCAUUACUGCAACCAACAAUCAUGGGACAUUCAGUAUCAGCCCCAACACUGGAAGCAUUUUCCUUGUAAAAAAGCUGGAUUUUGAGACGCAGUCCCUAUAUAAACUAAACAUCACAGCUAAGGACAAUGGGAGACCUCCAAGGUCAUCAUCUAUUCCAGUAAUUAUACAUGUAAGAGAUUUCAAUGAUAAUCCACCAAGUUUCACUCCUGGUGACGUUUUUAAAUCCAUUCCAGAAAACUUGCCUGUUGCUACCUCAGUAAUGACUGUGACAGCUCAUGACACAGAUGCGGACAUUAAUGGAAAGCUGGAAUACUCUAUCAUUCAACAGACUCCUAGGGGAAACCAUUUUACCAUCGAUCCCAUUACUGGGACAAUAUAUACAAACAAAGACAUAGACAGAGAGUUUUCCAAUCUCUUUGAACUAACAGUCAAAGCAACCGAUCAAGCUGUCCCAGUUGAAUUCAGACGCUUUGCAUUAAAAAAUGUGACUAUUUGGGUAACAGAUCUCAAUGAUAAUGUCCCAACUUUUAUUUCUCAAAAUGCUCUUGUUGCCGAAUCCACAAUUGUAAUUGGCUCUAUCCUAACGACAGUUGUGGCCUUUGAUCCAGAUGAAGGGGCAAACGGAGAAGUAGAAUAUGAAUUGUUGAAAGGGGACUCCAACACUUUUAUAAUGGACUGCUACAGUGGGGACAUCAGAGUGGCUUCGCCUUUGGUACCAUCUAAACUUAUUUACAGCCUCACCGUGUCAGCCACUGACCAUGGGACAGAAAGAAAAACAGCUAAGACAGACCUCACCAUCAUUCUCCAAGGUUCCGAUGGGCCGGUGUUUUCACAGCCAAAAUACAUAACAAUACUAAAAGAAGGGCAGCCCCCUGGUACUGAUGUGAUAUCUCUGGAUGCCUCAAGUCCUAGAGGCUCUGAGACCAAGGUGGAAUUUUACAUUGUGUCAGUGCGCUGUGGCGGAAAGCCUGUGGGUCGGGUAUUCACCAUAGGGCGCCAUACUGGAGUCAUCCAAACUGCUGCUGAACUGGACAGAGAGCAGGGCUCUGACCUCUACCUGGUGGAUGUGUACGCCAUGGAGGCAGAUGCCAGUCUACCCAGGACACAGAGAGCUGAGGUGGAAAUAACACUUCAGGAUGUCAAUGACAACCCACCUGUGUUUCCAACUGAUAUGCUUGAUGUAACAAUUGAGGAGAAUAUUGGAGAUGGAUAUAAGAUAAUGCAGUUAACAGCUACAGAUGCCGAUGAGGGACCAAAUGCACUUGUGACGUACACAAUAAUAAGUGGAGCAGAUGACAGUUUCCGCAUUGACCCUGAAUCAGGAGACUUGAUUGCCACCAAACGUUUGGACAGAGAAAGGCGGUCAAAAUAUUCACUGCUGGUUCGUGCAGAUGAUGGCAAGCAAUCUUCAGACAUGAGAGUAAAUAUCACAGUCAGUGAUGUAAAUGACCAUACUCCUAAAUUCUCCAGGAAUGUUUACUCCUUUGACAUAGCAGAGGACACAACACCAGGUUCAAUAGUGGCAGCUAUCCUUGCUAGUGAUGCUGAUUCUGGCAUAAAUGGUGAGAUCACAUACUCCUUGGAGGAGGAAGAUGAAGAUGGAGUGUUCCUCUUGAACCCUGUGACUGGCGUCUUCAAUGUGACAAGGCCUUUGGAUUAUGAAGCCCAGCAGUAUUAUGUCCUCAAUGUUCGUGCAGAGGACGGGGGAGGCCAGUUCAGCUCUGUGCGAGUCUACUUCAACAUUCUUGACAUCAAUGACAACCCCCCCAUGUUCAACUCCACAUCCUACAGCACGUCUGUCAUGGAAGACCUGCCUCCUGGCUCCAGCAUCAUCACGAUCAAAGCCAGUGACGCUGAUGAUGGUCCUAAUGCUCAAGUGAUCUACAGUAUUGCUUCAGGUGAUCCACUGGAACAGUUCACCAUAAACAGUGAUGGGGUUUUGAAAACCAGGCAACCCCUGGAUAGGGAGACUCAGUCCUUUUAUAACCUUGUAGUCAGCGUUCAUGACCUGGCACUUCUUCCAGUGUCAAGAUUCACCAGCACAGCCCAGGUCUCCAUCAUAUUGUUGGAUGUGAAUGAUUGCCCACCAAGCUUUACUUCACAGAAAAUGACCUAUAUUCAAGAGAACACCCCUGUGGACACAGUUGUGUUUACAGUCCAGGCCAUUGACUCUGACAGUGGACCAAACAGCUACGUUGAGUUCUCACUUCUCAAUACUUUAGGUAACAAGUUCAACAUCGGGAACAUUGAUGGAAAAGUUAGACUUACAGGGGAGCUUGAUAGAGAGGAACUGUCUAACUAUACAUUGACCAUAGUAGCCACCGACAAAGGAGAGCCACCACUCUCUUCUUCAAUGGAUGUCACAGUUAUUGUCCUGGACGUCAAUGACAACACACCCAGUUUUUCUCAGAAUAUCUAUGACCUGGAAAUUGCUGAGAACACACUGACUGGAACAGACCUGAUCCAGGUGUUUGCAAAUGAUGCAGACAAGGGAACUAAUGGACAGAUUCGAUUCUCAAUUGUGGGGGGCAAUGGGAACUCUGAUUUCAGGAUUGACUCUGUCACUGGUGUAAUUUCAGUUGCUAGGCAGUUGGACCGGGAGGUUGUAUCCUCAUAUUCUUUGGUGGUCCAAGCAUCAGAUCGUGGAAGCAGCCCAAGGACUGAUAAAGCCAUGGUUAAUAUAGAAUUACUAGAUGUAAAUGAUUGCAUACCUUUCUUUGAACUCUCCCCUUACACCGUAAGUGUUCAGGAGAACAUGAAGAAUCUACCACAUACUGUUUUACAGGUUGUCGCCCGAGAUGACGACCAGGGAUUGAACAGCCAACUGAUAUAUACACUUACAGGUGGGAAUGAAGAACGUGCCUUUAGCUUGUCUCCAAGUGGGCAACUGAGCCUUAUACAGAGCCUCGACCGAGAAGCAAAGGAAAAAUAUUCAUUGAUAAUUACAGCCACGGAUUCAGGAUCUCCAGCUCUCACUGGUACUGGCACUGUGACUAUUCAAGUAGACGACAUCAAUGACAACAUUCCAGUUUUUGCUUCCCUCACAUUCCACACCACUGUGCCAGAAGAUGCACCAACAGGAACUGAUGUCCUGCUUGUUAAUUCUUCUGAUUUGGAUGCAGGCAUCAAUGCUGUGAUCAGCUACAGUUUGACCGGAGGAGAUGGACAGUUCUCCAUAAACCCAGCUACUGGACAGAUCAUCACAAGUGCCCUGCUGGACAGGGAGACCAAAAAGAAUUACCAUCUGGUGGUUGUAGCAUCUGAUGGUGGACAACCCUUACCCAUGUCAAGCUCUGCCACUGUCUCUGUUGUUAUAGCUGACAUCAAUGACAACCCUCCCAGAUUCCAUCACCACCCAUAUGUGACUCAUGUCCCUGCAUCUACCUCUACGGGCUCACUUGUCUUUGCUGUCACUGUGACUGAUGAGGAUGCAGGACCAAAUGCCCAGCUUCAUUACUCACUGAUGGGCAGGGAUUCUGGGAAAUUUAAGAUUGAUCCAGUGAGAGGAGCCAUAACAGCAAAUGAGAGGCUAAUAGGGGGCACUGAUGUUACUUUUGGAGUCCGAGUGAAGGAUGGUGGGAUUAAUCCUAAAACAGACACAACAACUGUGACUGUAAGAUUUGUGACAGGGGAAGAUUUCCCUGUUAUUAAGGCGGGACAGACCAUUUUUACAUUUCCUGAAAACCAAGCUUCUAAUACUUUAGUUACCACAAUAUCUGGAUCUUCUACCAGAGGGGAACCCUUGUCAUACUACAUUGCCAGUGGAAAUCUUGACAAUGUCUUUCAUGUUGACCAGCAGACAGGAGAGCUGUCCAUCAAGCAAUCUUUGGAUUUUGAAAAUAUACCAAAAUAUGUGCUUUGGAUUGAAGUGAGAGAUCAAGGCUUUCCUCCCUUUUCAUCAUAUGAAAAAAUCGAAAUAAAUGUAAUAGAUGUCAAUGACAACUAUCCAGUCUUUGAACAAGACCCCUUCAAGGCCGAAAUACUGGAGAAUCUGUCUCCACAGAGAGUGCUUGUUGUUUUAGCAACAGACCAAGACAGUGGACCCAUUGGACAAGUGGAGUAUGCCAUCAUUGAUGGAAACAAGGAAAAUAACUUCAUGAUUAACCGAGCAAAUGGAGAAAUAAGAAGCAGUAGACCUCUGGACAGGGAGAAGGAGGCACAGUAUGUUUUAAAAGUUAAAGCAACUGACAAAGGUUCUCCACCAAAAAGUAGUGUUGUUAAAGUUUUCAUCAAUGUCUUGGAUGUGAAUGACAAUGCACCCAGAUUUUCUCAGAUCUUCAGUGCCACAGUACCUGAGAAUGCCCCCAUUGGGUACACUGUAACUCAUGUCACAACCUCUGAUGAGGAUACUGGAACAAAUGCCAUAAGUCGAUACUCUAUCACUGAUGCAAGUCUUCCCUUUUCUAUAAAUCCCAACACAGGGGACAUAACCAUAAGUAGGCCUUUAAAUAGAGAAGACACAGAAAGAUACAUUGUCAAAGUCUCUGCCCAUGAUUCAGGAUGGACUGUCAGCACAGAUGUUACUAUAUUUGUGACAGAUGUCAAUGACAAUUCUCCUCGUUUCAGUCGUCCAUCCUAUUACCUAGAUUACCCUGAGGUUACAGAAAUUGGUUCACUUGUAACUCAGGUCUCAGCAACAGACCCAGAUGAAGGAUUUAAUGGUCAGAUAUUUUAUUUCAUCAGGUCUCAGUCUGAAUUCUUUAGGAUAAAUUCCAGCACUGGAGAAAUUUUCAUCAAGCAGCAAUUGAAAUAUCAGAAUUCUUCAGGGGUCAGCAAAGCAAACAUCAACCGGCACAGUUUCAUUGUAACUGCAUCAGACAGAGGGGCCACACCUCUAAUGAGUGAAACGACAGUAAUUGUAAACAUAGUUGACAGCAAUGACAACCCUCCCCAAUUUGAAUCUGCUUAUUACUUUACACCUGUUACAAAGAGUGUUAAGAUUGGUACAAAACUUAUGAGAGUUGUUGCUGCUGAUAAGAAGGACUUUGGGCUUAACUCUGAAGUUGAAUACUUAAUAUCAGGGGGCAACAGUUCUAAUAAGUUCCAGCUGGACAGACAAACUGGAUGGGUCACAGUUGCUUCUUCACUCAGUUCUGAUGUAAAUAAGGUUUUCCUUGUUGAAAUGACAGCAAGAGACAAAGGAAACCCACCUUUGUCCUCCCAAGCUAAACUCCGUGUUGCUGUAACAGAGGAGAAUCACCAUACUCCAGAGUUCUCACAAGGUCACAUUAGCGUGACAGUACUAGAGAGUCUUAGUGUUGGAACUGUUAUCAGAACUGUUUCAGCUAGAGAUAAAGACAGAGAAAUGAAUGGGAUCAUUUCAUACAACAUAUCUUCUGGAAAUGAAAGAGGCCUUUUCAAAAUGAACAGCAAAUCAGGUGCCUUAACAUUGGCUAAGCCUCUGGAUUUUGAGGAGCAGCAAACUCAUGAACUUAGAGUUAGUGCCGCAGAUGGGGGUUGGAUUGCAAAGACUGGCUACAUUACUAUUACGAUUCAUGUGACUGACGUAAAUGACAAUGUGCCCAUCUUCAGCCCAGAUGAAUAUUUUCCGGUUGUACAAGAAAAUGUCCCCAGUGGCACAACUGUUGUGCGAAUGAAUGCAACAGACAAAGAUUCUGGAUCAAAUUCUGUUAUUGCUUACGUUAUCCAGUCUUCUGAUAGUGACUUAUUUGUGAUUGAUCCGAACAAAGGCAUUAUUACAACCCAGGGUUUCCUGGACUAUGAAGCAAAACAGGUUUAUCACUUAACAGUAAAGGCUUUCAAUGUUCCAGAUGAGGAACGGUGCAGUUUUGCAAAUGUAAAUAUCCAGUUAAAGGGAGCUAAUGAGUAUGUUCCUCGCUUUGUCUCAAAGCAGUAUUAUUUUGAGGUUUCGGAGGCUGCACACAGAGGAACAAUAGUAGGGGAAGUAUUUGCAAGUGACCGAGACCUUGGAGUGGAUGGAGAAGUUCAUUAUUUAAUAUUUGGGAAAAGCAGAAAGAAGGGCUUCAGCAUUAAUGAAAAGACUGGACAAAUAUAUGUGUCAGGGCCUCUUGACCGAGAAAAAGAAGAAAAAAUAUCAUUGAAUGUCCUUGCUAAAAACGCUGGAAGCAUAAGGGGGGCAGAUAUCGAUGAAGUCUUUGUGAAUAUUACUAUUCUGGAUGCUAACGACCCCCCUGUCUUUAGUUCACGAUCAUACAACAUACAGAUCAGUGAGGGCAUUCCACCUGGAAGUCUUGUUACCUUUGUCAGUGCAGAGGAUUCAGACUCUGUACCCAGCUGGAGCAGGUUCUCCUAUUUCAUGGGUUCUAAUAAUGAAAAAAAUGGAUUUACAAUAAAUCCCCAGACUGGUCAGGUUUCAGUAGCAGCAGAGCUUGAUAGGGAGUCAACACCUGUUUACAAUUUGACAGUACUAGCGGUUGACUCUGGUUCCCCCUCUGCUACUGGAAGUGCUAGCCUGAUAGUGACAUUAGAGGAUAUCAAUGACAAUGGCCCCACUCUGAUUACAACAAGAGGAGAGGUGACAGAGAAUCAGCAAGCAGGAACCAUUGUUAUGAAACUUAGUUCUACCGAUCCUGAUCUACCUCCAAACCAAGGACCUUUUACAUAUAGUUUACUUAGCACUGGAUCCGCUGCAAGCUAUUUUAACCUUAGUCCUGCUGGAGUGUUGAGCACAAGCAGAGAGAUUGACAGGGAACAGAUUAGUGAUUUCUAUUUGUCAGUGGUGAUAAGGGACUCAGGCGUCCCACAAAUGUCUUCCACGGGAACGGUCCAUGUCAAGGUUAAUGAUCUGAAUGACAACCCAUCGGAGCCUCGAACAGUAGAGAUCUUUGUUCAUUAUUUUGGUAACCUGUUUCCUGGUGGAAUUUUAGGUAGUGUAAAACCACAAGACCCAGAUGUGCAGGACAUUUUCCGGUGCUCGCUCACUUCAGUAGUUCCCAGCCUUUUCAGCAUUACAGCAGGGACAUGUGAUUUGAAUUCCCACUCAAGGUCAUCAGACGGGACUUUUGAGUUUACUGUUCGCAGCAGUGAUGGGGUACAUAGCGCUGUCAACAGCAAUGUUCGUGUUUUCUUUGUGGGAUUCAAUAACAUAACCAUUGAUAACAGUAUCCUAAUCCAGCUUGAUAUAUCAAAUAUAAGAGACUUUUUUACCAAUCACUAUCUUAACUUUCUACGCAUAGCUAAUUCCCAACUAGCAGGCCUGGGAACAGCUGUACAGCUCUAUGGGGCUUUUGAACAAAACAACAGGACUUUCCUAAUGGCUGCUGUGAAGCGUAACCACAAUCAGUAUGUCAAUCCCAGUGGAGUAGCCACAUUUUUUGAGAGUACAAAGGACAUCCUUCACAGGCAGAGUGGGGUGCGCAUAGACUCAGUAGACUAUGAUCCCUGCACAAGGAAUCCUUGUCAGAAUGGAGGAAGCUGCAAGAAACACCUUAGUGUGGGUCCUCAAAUGAAGGCUGAAGAGAGCAUCCCCGUCAUCCUUGUGUCAAAUGAACCUCUCCAGCCGUAUGUCUGCAACUGCAUGCCAGGAUAUGCCGGAAGCCUGUGUGAAACUGACAUUGAUGAGUGCCUUCCGCUACCCUGCCACAAUGGCGGGACUUGCCACAAUCUGGUUGGGGGGUUUUCCUGUACCUGUCCUGAUGGAUUCACAGGAAUGGCUUGUGAGAGAGAUGUCAACGAGUGCCUAUCAAACCCUUGCAAGAAUGGUGCUCUUUGCCAGAAUUUCCCUGGGGCUUUCAGCUGCCUCUGCAAAUCUGGUUUUACAGGCAAAACGUGUGAGUCUUCCAUCAACUAUUGUGAAUGCAAUCCCUGUUUUAAUGGGGGUUCAUGUCAGAAUGGUGUGGAUGGAUAUUAUUGUCAUUGUCCUUUUGGUGUCUUUGGAAAACACUGUGAGCUGAACAGUUAUGGUUUCGGGGAGUUAUCCUAUAUGGAAUUUCCUAGCCUGGAUCCCAACAAUAACUACAUUUACAUCAAGUUUGCUACCAUUAAGGACAAUGCUCUUCUGAUGUACAACCAUGACAACAAAACCGGAGAUAAGGCGGAGUUCUUGGCUCUUGAAAUUUUUGAGGGAAGAAUGAGAUUCUCCUUCAAUUUAGGAAGUGGGACCUACAAAUUAAUGACAAUGAAACAGGUUUCAGACGGACAGUUCCACACUAUCAUUGCAAGGAGGGCAGGAAUGGCUGCUUCUCUGACUGUCGACGUAUGUUCUGAGGAUCAGGAUCCUGGAUACUGCACUGUGAGCAAUGUUGCUGUCCAUGCUGACUGGACACUGGAUGUGCAGCCUAACCGACUCACAGUCGGAGGUGUCAAGUCAAUAGAGCCAAUUCUUCAUCGCAAAGGACAAGUUGCCACCCACGACUUUGUCGGCUGCAUAAUGGAGUUUGCAGUCAAUGGACGACCUUUAGAGCCAAGUCAGGCUUUGGCAUCUCAAGGAAUCCUUGACAGAUGUCCAAGAUUAGAAGGAGCUUGCACAGGAAAUGUUUGUAAGCACGGAGGAACCUGUGUGGACAACUGGUCGUGGCAACAGUGUAAAUGCAUGGAAGGGUUUACUGGAAAGUACUGUGAAAAAUUCAUUACUGUGGAUACAGCACUGUCUCUGGAUGGCAGUGGCCGCCUGGACUACUCCAUAAACCAGAAUAAGAAACGUGACUUUUUGUUGGAGGAGAGUUUAAAAGGCUCUGUCCAUGAUCCAGUGAGUCUGAACAGCCUAGACGUGAAGUUCAGAACAAGGAGCAAAAAUGGAAUUUUGUUUCAUGUCCAGGAAAGCAGCAAUUACACUACUGUGAAGAUAAAGAAUGGCAAUGUGCAUUACAUUUCUGAUGCUGGCAUUGGUGGAAAGGUAGAAAGAACUAUGCCUGAACUGUCUGUGUCAGAUGGUCAGUGGCACACUCUACAGCUUCGGAAGAAUGGUUCUAUCACAUCCAUUCGCAUUGAUGGUUCCAAUUUAAGGGAGAUUCUUCAUAAUACACAGAAUUUUGGAGGGGUUAAUGUAUUAACACUUUCACUCGGGGGAACUCCUCCUGGGCCAUUGCAGCAGAAAACAUCCUCAGGUUUUGAUGGCUGCUUUGCUUAUGUUAAAUACCAAGGAGAAAUCCUGCCUUUCAGUGGGGAACACAACUCCGUCACAAUAUCGAAAUCACAUCCAUCUGUUAAGAUUGGCUGUAGAGGACCAAACGUGUGUGCCAGCAGUCCUUGUUGGGAUGACCUUAUGUGUGUAAAUCAGUGGUAUGCUUAUGAGUGCGUUCCUCCAGGUGACUGCUCCUCCAGCCCAUGUCAAAAUGGAGGGAGCUGUGAACCGAGCUCUCACUCUGGAUUUACCUGCACUUGUCCUGAGUUUUACACUGGAAAGACAUGUGAGACUGUGUUGGCUUGUCUGGGUGUGCAGUGCCCCCAAGGAACUCUGUGCAACAUCGGUAAUAAUGGAGGCUUUGUCUGUAGUUCUAAUCCACAGGCUGAUGAACUGUCUCUUCCCAUAUGGGCUGUGCCUGCUAUUGUAGGGAGCUGUGCCACUGCCUUAGCCUUGGUGGUUUUGAGCUUGAUCUUGUGUAACCACUGCAGGGGGCGCAAGACCAAACUGCCAAAAGAGGAGAAGAAACCAAAAGAGAAAAAGAAGAAAGGGAGUGAGAAUGUGGCUUUUGAUGACCCUGAUAACAUCCCUCCGUACGGAGAUGACAUGACUGUGAGGAAACAGCCCGAAGGGAAUCCCAAACCUGAUAUAAUUGAAAGGGAAAAUCCCUACCUUAUAUAUGAUGAAACAGACAUUCCUCAUAAUACAGAAACUGUACCCAGUGCUCCUUGCGCACCUUGUGUGGGUACUGAAGCUGAUAUAGAGCACUAUGAUAUUGAUAAUGCCAGCAGUAUUGCCCCUUCUGAUGCAGAUAUCAUUCAGCACUACAAACAGUUCAGGAGUCACACACCUAAAUUUUCAAUUCAAAGACAUAGCCCUCUAGGGUUUGCACGACAGUCUCCUUUACCACUUGGAGCAAGUAGCUAUACUUACCAGCCUUCUUACAGCCAAGGUCUUAGGUCAACUCCAUUAAGCCAUUCCACUUGCCCUACUCCUAAUCCUCUUUCUCGGCAGAGCCCAGCUCCUUUUUCCAAACCUUCCUCCUUCUACCGUAACAGUCCAGCUAGGGAACUUAAUCUCUCCAGGAGAGAGGGAAGUCCUCUGGACUUGCACAAUGAGGUGUGUCAGCCUGGUAUUUUCAACUAUGCCACUAGGCUGGGAAGAAGAAGUAAGAGUCCUCAGACAAUGGCUAGUCAUGGUUCUAGGCCUGGGAGUCGUCUGAAACAGCCGAUAGAACAAAUUCCUCUUGAGACAGGGCCUCCAGUUGGGCUCUCUAUAGAGGAGGUCGAGAGGCUGAACACACCCCGACCGAGAAACCCCAGUAUCUGCAGCGCCGACCAUGGGAGAUCUUCUUCAGAAGAGGACUGCAGAAGACCUCUUUCCAGAGUCAGAAAUCCUGCCGAUGGGAUCCCUGCACCAGAGUCAUCCUCAGAGAGUGACUCGCACGACUCCUUCACUUGCUCUGAAAUGGAGUAUGACAGAGAGAAGCCGAUAGCUUACAGUUCCAGGAUGCCUAAAUUAUCUCAAGUCAAUGAGUCAGAUGCAGAUGAUGAAGAUUACGGUGGUAGGUUAAAGCAGAGGAGGUACUCCAGCCGUAGAGCAGAAGGAGGGCCAAGCAGCUCCCAGGUGCCUUCAACUGAACAUUAUUCAUUAACACAUAAACUAGGCCAGCAAACUGGGAGUUUCAAUUGGGACAACCUGUUAAACUGGGGCCCUGGUUUUGGCCACUAUGUUGAUGUCUUUAAAGAUCUUGCUCUACUUCCGGAAAAUGCAGCUGCAAAAGAUAUUGAACUGAACAGUGGUGAUGGUGCUGUAACCAUUUCAAAUGAAGGGGAGGCAGAACAAUAUGUCUAAGACCUUAUUUAUAUUAAAUGAAGGUUUCUUCAUGAAGGAAAAAGGGAUGAAAAUAACAAGCUAUGAACCUUGAAAAAAACAUUUAGUUUUCCAUUCAAGCAGGAUGGUCUUAAUUUUUGUAAAUGAAAGGCAGAAAUGACAUCUGAACUUGUCACAAAUGGAACUCUUAAAAAUAUCACACAGACGUGUUCUCUUUCCACCAUAAAUUAUGGUAUUGGUCUUUGAAGUAUCCACGUGUGCUAUUCAUGAAAAACAAAUUAAUUCUAAAGGCUUACAACAACUGCCACAUCUCAAUUAGGACUUCAAGUUAAAGUAAAAAAUAAGCUAAUAACGUCACUAUUAUUGCACAGAGCCAGGAUUUUUGAAAAUAACAAAACAUUUGAAGACAAAUUUUACCAUUGUGUAAAAUGUAUUUUUCAGUUAAAUGGUUUUCUUACAAACUGUAAAAGAAGCAUUUGGUAUCUCACGUAUGAUGUACUGUGUAAUAUUCAUGAACACACACUUUGGCCAGCAUUUUAAAUCACUCUUGCCAAUUUUAUGUGAAGGCUCAGAACUGCCUGUUAUAUAGUAUGUUUUGACUCAAAAGACCAGCUAAGCAUUUUAAGAGCAGAAACUAAUAAACCACUGCCUUACAGACAUUUGAGGAUUUGCUAGAAAAUCAGAAACGUUCCUUUGCUUUUGGAAUGAAGUGUUUGAGAAUGUUGUUGCCACAGUCUUUUGAAUUCUCUGGGGCCAGCAAAAGGGAAGUAUAGAGUGUGCCUGGUGGAUAUUGAUGUUAACCUCUACCACACAGACUAUGAACUUGUAAAUUUACUUAAAUGAAAUUCUUGAAGGAUUUUGUUAUUGUUGUCAUUUGUUUUUUGAAAAUCUUAAAGUUUCUACUUUUGUACCAUUUAAUAACUUAAAUUACGUACUUAAGCUGUGUUUUUAUGGGUAUUUUCAUAUGCUGAAAAUAAUUUUCUUACUUUCAGGGAAAGUAAGAUGAAGUACUUAUUUUUACUAUUUGUUACUUAUGUAACAUCAGUAUUUUCCACUUUUUGAUAAAACUGUAACAUACUGUAUGCUUUAUACAUGUAAAAACCAAUAACAGAAUAAAAAUAUUUAUUUAAAAAUGUCAGUUUUAUACAGAUAGUUGUGGUUAAUAAUCAAGCUCCAGGCAGCAGUGAUUCAGAGGGAAAAGGAGUCAAUAGACUUUGUUAUGGAUAGAAAAUCUUUAUUUGGUCUAUCAUAUGCUGAUUUAUUAGAAAAAAAAACAUUUUAGAAAAUGUUAGCAUUCAAUAAUGUGGGUGGUGAAGUAUGUUUACACCCAAAGGACGCUACCUCUCUCUGACCUGGGUUUAAAUCCACUCCAUACUGAAUUGUACAAAAUAUUUUAAAGACCAUUGAGAACCUAAAUGAAACUGAGCUACAGUGCUCUUGGCCAAAUACAACAUUGAGAAGGUCCACAAUACAGACCUAUAUUGCUUUCAACAAUUAUUUACAUCUGGCUGAAUGAGCAGAAAAUUUCUAAAAGCCCAGUGAUUCUGUACAUGACAUGCUUAUCUUUUCCCUCAUCAGCAGUCUGAGCUUGGGAAAGCUGGAAAUGUAGCCUGUGAGGAGUGACAAUGAAAAUCUGUGUAAAUGUGGCCUAUAAGUCCAAGAUGCUGUCUGGCUAUGGAAAGUCAAAUGCUGACAAAUUGUUCUGUGGGGUUUCUUAUUGUGCUAUGGUUAAGAUAACUAAGACUUAACAUGCACUGGAAUUUGAGAAAGUUUUGUACAGGUCUUUAGAUGUAUAGCUAGCUUAACUGGCUGUGUGACCUAUUGCAAUAAGAAGUAUAAGCAUGAUUUGUCAUACUUAGUUUUAACUAUUUUGGACUCGUACUGCAUGUUUACAAGAAAAUAAAUAAGUGAGAACUUUGAAAUGAGCUGUGUUAACUGGUGAGUUAAAAUAUAUGUAUUUGUAGAA